AAAGCGUGUGUUGUGUAUUUAUGGCAUUUAUAUCUGUGUGAGUUUGAGGGUGUUCUACCAGUCAGAGAAAUAGUACUAUUUGAAGCAAAAAAUGUCUAGCCCUAGUAAUCCAGAGAUAGAAGAGAAGAGAGUUACACAGGAAGAUAAAGUAAAAUCUGCUAAAACUGAGAUGGGUGAGGUGAAGGAAGAAAAUGAGAGAUUGAAGAAGACGCUGGAAAGAGUAGAAAAGGAUUACCAAUCCCUUCAACUCCGUUUCUUUGACAUCCUUCACAAAGAUGUUCCAAAGAAGGGUGUGGUUACUUCCCAUGAUGAUCAGAGCGAAGAGCCUGAGUUUGUCUCACUUUGCCUUGGAAGGAGUCCAACGGAGCCUAAGAAGGAGGCAAGAAUUGCAGACUUUGACAAACCGACAGAAGAAAAUGUUGGACCCAACCUUACUCUUGGAUUAGACUCCAAACACUUGUUGGAGAUGGAGAUUGUGUCUGAUUUGAGUCCGAUGAACAGCUCAGAAGAACCAAAGGAAACGGAAAGGGAGGGAACACUGUCAACAAGUCAAUCAGCAAAAGUGAUAAAUGUAAAUACCGACAUUUCAGAUCAAAUGCCAGCCAAGAGAGCAAGGGUAUCUGUGAGAGCUAGAUGUGAUACUCCCACGAUGAAUGAUGGGUGUCAGUGGAGGAAGUAUGGACAGAAGAUAGCAAAGGGAAAUCCAUGCCCGAGGGCAUACUAUCGUUGCACAGUUGCACCAACGUGCCCAGUUAGGAAACAGGUACAAAGGUGUUCCCAGGACCUGUCCAUCUUAAUCACAACCUAUGAAGGAACCCAUAACCACCCACUUCCUGUCUCAGCCACAGCCAUGGCUUCAACCACUUCUGCUGCUGCAUCCAUGCUACUGUCAGGUUCUUCAACAUCUUCAAGCCACAUCUCAGCAUCUUUUGGAAAUGGUCUAAGUUUCAGUGACCAGUUUAGUGAAUCAAGAGCCAAACAAAUCUUCUCACCAUCAAACCAUGCCUCACCACACGUGUUCUCAACAAUCACUCUAGACCUUACUUCUUCAGCUCCUUCCUCCUCAUCAACUCAAUUCCAUCGUGGCUUAACUUCAACCAUGGCUCCAGUUUCAAACCCAAGAUCCUCAGCUAGUCUCAGCUUUUGUUCACCGGAGCAUAACUUCAUACCAUCCAUUUGGGGUAAGGGGUUCCACGAUAAUGCCACAACCACAACAGCAAUUGACAAAGCCCCCACAAGGCCAAUUACGCAGCCAAAUAAUUUCCAACAACAUUUCUACCAACAAUGCACAACAAACCAAACUCCUUCCAGAGAAGCUUUGGCAGAAACAAUAACCAAAGCAAUCAGCACAGAUCCGAGUUUUCGUUCAGUAAUAGCUGCUGCAGUUUCAUCAAUAGUGGAACGUGGAUCAAACGUUGAUAAACAAGAGGUAACAGAAUAUGGUCUUGGUUCAGGGUUGAACUUAAAACUUGGGGAACAUCUUCAAUUGGCUUCGCCUAGUCCCUUGAACCAGAACGGGAAAGGAUGCUUAACAGGCUACUUAAAAAGUUUGGCCUCUAAAACUUCCGAGGCUGGAAACUUCAUUCUUCUCCAACCACCAUUGCCAUUUUCUUUCUCCAAGAAUGUCACAAAUCAGAUCAACCGCUAUGUUCCAGAAAUGAACACGCAUCACUAGCUCUCUCUUCCUCUUUGACGUGGCAAAGGUCUAAGAUCCUAUUCUUUCAGGUCAAAGUAGCACCCCACUAACUAGGGAUUAAGUUUAGAACAAAAAAGAACGUAGAAAUGAAUGUUGUCUCCCUACAAUCUAGUUAUUCCAUGCCAUUUCAUCAAUAUAUAUUUGUCUUAUCAAAAA